ACUCUGUUUCGAUAGUUCCAUAACAUAUAUCGAAGACGCAUUUUUUAUUUUUGUGGUAACUGUAUUUUUUUUCUGGGUGUGAGAAAAUAUGCGUGGAUUGCAAAAAUCGAAAAGAGUUUCAUGGCCCAACGAUUUAGAUCUUUGUCAGGUUAAGUUAUUCUUAUCAGAGGAAUCUCCUUCACAAGUUGGGUUAAAUUCUCAAGAUCACCUCCAAGCAAAGGCAUCAUUGUUGUUGCAUCAAGGCGGAGCAAGUUCUGAUGAUACUUUACCUCCUGGAUUUGAGGGAAAUCAUGCUUCAAGUCAGUUUGACAUUAAGCUGUCCCAAAUACCCGUUAUUAGGUGGAUUAAUCCACCUAAGAUUGUGCUAGAUCUCACCUGGCAAGUGGUGGCUGGGGAAGAAAGCAAAGAGAUAAGGGAUCAAUAUCAUAGGGAGAUGAGAGUCCUUGAAGCUAUUUAUCCACGCAUAUCUUCCAUUCCACCAAAUCCUUCAGUUACAGUGGAUGUUGAAGAAUCCCAUUACAUUGAUGGUCAAACUGUUGUGAUCCCAAUUACGCCUUUUGAAGACGGAGAUGUGGCAGCAGAUACAUCAUCCCAUUCCUCGAAACAAUAUGGUGUUUCACAAUCUCAUGAAUUAUCUCCUGGUAUAUUGGAGGGUUCUAACUCUGCUACAAGUAUGCCGAUAACUCGUGGCCUAGUGUCGGAUGUAGCUGCUGCAUCUGUUGCUUUAACUAGCAUAGUGAAGAGCAGUGAACAUGGUAAUUUGAUUGACCGUGAAUUACUCAAUAAUAUUCUCAACAAUCCUGAAGUGAUUGAGAAAUUGGUUCGAGAUUAUGGAGUUAAUAAUAAUGCACAGUAUGUACAAAACGUGGGAUCAUCUUCAGGAUUUUUUCCACAUCCUCCAAACAUGGGAUCAUCUUCAGGAUUUUUUCCACAUCCUCCGAAUCCCAUUAAUCAAGUUGAAACCACUACAACCUCAUCAAAUGCGUUUUCAUCCACUUUCUAUUCCCACACAACUGGAGGUCAAAUGGCAGCUAUUUCUACUCAAUGGCAUCCUAGGCCUGCAAUGAGUUCAGCUAUUGCUGCAACUCCUGUUGAGGCCCCAUCAACAAAAGAUGUAAACUACUAUAAGAGCUUAAUUCAACAACAUGGAGGAGAUAAACAAGAAGUACUUCCAUACUCCUCCGGUAAUCGUCAGAACCAGCAACAGUUAACAAAUUAUGAGACAACACAUAAUCUUAGAGGAAAAGUGUCGAAACCAAAGAUAAUGAAGCCUUGUAUCUUUUUUAAUAGUUCCAGAGGAUGUCGGAAUGGAGCUAACUGUGCAUAUCAACAUGAUGCAUCAUUUCAGCCACAAGGUAAUCCGGUUUCAGGGAUACAAAGUUCGAAGAGAAUGAAAAUGGAUAAUGAGAUAAGCAGUUAAUUGACCUCUUCUAUGGCUGGUGGUGUUGGUUGCAAAUUAUUUUGAUGGGGAGGCCUGAAUGCAGGGUCCAUAUCAUACACAUUUGAUAUGGCCAUGUUACCAUUUUCUCUGAUAAGUGAUUUUGAGCCUGAUAAGUGAUUUUGAGCCUUAUUUGAUAUCAUUUUUGAAUGAAUGUCUCUCCUCUUCGUCUUCCAUGCCUUAAAACCUGCAAAAAUUGCGACCUCUCUUUCUUGGUUAUUCUUUAUUAUUGUAAUUCAAGAUGAGGUUUUGAUGUUGCAACUGAUUGGAGGUACCACCAGCUGGAUGAUGUAUUAAUAUUUUUUUGUUCUUUUCUUUACAUUUUGACUGUAUAAAUUGAUUUGAAUUUCCGCCCAUUUUAAUUUGUUUUCAUGUUAAUAUUGGCAUAAA